AUGCAGCUAAUUAACCCUCAAAGUUACCUUGUACUAUAUCUUAACGAACUUGACUUGAAAAAAAAAACAAAACACAGAACAUCCAAACUCAGAUGGCACAACAUCUACGACAAUGUCGACCAGCAACACCCCGGCUUCUUCCUACCGGCCUCCGUGACCAGCAGUGGCUGUCCAGUCCUCCACCAAACCGAAGUAGACUGCAACCUCCUUUCCGCCGUAGACCUUGAAACCGAACCCACCACAACAACCACCUCCAUCAAUUCCCUCGACUUCCCGCCAUUUAAAUCAGGCCUCCUAACCGUCACCACACACCGUCUCCUCCGGUUUCCUUCCAAUGCCACCACAUACAGUUCAAGUCCAAUACCAAUCUCUUUGAAUUCUGUAACACAUAUUUUCACAAAGAAGUCGACCAAGUCAAUGUUUCACUCACCCUGGAUCCGGUUUCAAAUUUCAAUGCAUUCGAGGAGUGUUGUGGUGACUUUAGUGAUAAGAGGGAAGGGGGAAUUGGUGAUUUUUUUGACAACGUUUUGGGAUUGUUGGAGAGGAAGGGCUUGGGAGAUUGGUAAUGAUAGUGGUGGUGGGUCGGGUUCCGGUUCUGUUCGGGUUGGUGGUGGGUUAUACCCCAGUGCUGAGUCAUUGAGGCUGGUGGGUGUGGCUGGGAUAUUGAGGAAAGAGCAGGAGAUGUGGGAGAGUACUGGCAAGAGUAUGCAAGAGGCUUUUCAAGACUAGAAUGCUCUUAUGCGCAAGGCUCAAGAGAUGGUCAUGCUAGCAGAGAAGAUUAGGCAGACUUUGUCUGGCUCGAACUCUCAAAGUAGUUCUGGAAAUGAUGAGGAAAUGGGUUCCAAAGAAGACAUGCAAGAGUGGCUGUAGAGUGUUGGUAUCAUAUCCCCAGUAACAAAAGAGUCUGCUGGUGCCAUGUAUCAUCAACAACUGUCCCGUCAGUUUGCAGAUUUUGUCAGAAUUCCCUUAGAGAAAGCUGGAGGAAUGAUCAAUCUUAUAGAUAUCUAUUGCCUCCACAGUCGUGCUCCGGGCACAGGUUUGUUUGAUCCGUUGUUGUUGCUGUUGCUAAUGGGCCCUUAUUCUUUCUGUGCUGUUCUGCAUAGAAUUGAUCUCGCCUGAGGAUUUGUUGCAAGCAUGUUCUCUUUGGGGGGAGUUUGAUGUGUAUGUAUGAUUCUAUCUUCAAUUACUCGGGCAUUAAGUUGUCUGUUUUGAGAUCCAAAUAGGGGGAGUAAUUAAUUUAUUUAGAAGAAGAAUUUUCACUUCAAUGUUAUUUCAAUUACUAGAACCAGCUAUUUUAAUUACUAGAACGAAAGUAAUAUUUUUUAAAUUAGUAUUUUGGAUGGUCUCACCAUCUGCCCCAUGAAAUGUGUUCCUAGUUAGAAGAGAGUUUGGCAUGGAGAUAGAAAGGGAAAAAUAAACAACUAUCCCUACAACAAACUCAUUUCCUUGUUUGAGAUCUGUGAAUCGGUGCUCGCAAUAGAAAAUUGUUGAAAGGGGUGAAACAACGCAUAUUACAGUACUGAAUUGUGUGAAGAAUGAGCAAUUAGAUGAUACACAGCAAUGCCCUUUGGCCAGAGCAUCAAUGCUAACUUUGAGAUAGAGAGGGAGGGAGGGAGAAGCUUUAAUUGAAGUGCUUGGAAAAGAAAGAAAGGUAAAUAAAAGAGAGAGAAAUUGCACAAAAAAUUAAUUACAAUUUUCUUUUCUCUAAUUGUGCAUGAACACAAAAGAAUACUUUUAUUUUAUUAUUCCCACAUAUUUCUGCCUGCCUUCUUUUAUUGUAGUGGGAAGCCCACAUGGAAUACUUACUCCUCACCUCCUCCAUAGUUUUCCCCUCUCCACUAACCAACACCAGACAGCUCACCACCACCAUACUUGGCACACAAAAAGGACAAAAAAA